UGGUGGUAAAGGCCUGUGUUUCAGUCCUUUGUGAGCCAACAGAAGCAGGGGUUGUGUCCUUCCCCCCUCCUGGGGGGCACAGAAAGUCAAAGAGGGGGUGCCAGGGGGAUCUACAGCUCCCCACUUCUCUGCAGCCGCUUUCUGCCACGUAGCCGCCUGGCAGGGUGGGCACACACCUGCCAGGCUGCUGUCAGGGGGGCUCCACCAGUUGGCAGAGGGCAGGGGCAGGGAAAUUUGGGGAGCAAAAUGGGGUUGGGGUGUCAGGCUGGAUUCUCUGCAGCCAGAAAGGUGCUUCUUCCCUGUCCGGGCCUGCGGGGCUCAGGAGUUGUCCUAGGGUGGAGGGCCCUCUGUGUCCACAGCCAGCGAGGUCACAACUGGAAACUCCCAAUCCGAGGACCACCGGGAUCAGGUCACGCCGGGGGCUUGGCAGGCGGCACUGACCGGGCGGCGGGCACCCGGGGGCUGAGACCGUGCGGCCCAAGGUUGUUCUCCCUGACCCCGGGGGUCACGGACUCCCUCAGAACCGGAGGAGAGAGCGGCGGACGGGAGGGACUCUCCCUGCGGGACAUCGCCGAGCGGAUCCGACGUCAGGAGUGCCAUCGCCUCGUGGUCAUGGCGGGGGCGGGCAUCAGCACCCCCAGUGGCAUCCCGGACUUCAGGUCGCCCGGGAGCGGUCUGUAUAGCAACGUCCAGCGGUACGCCGUCCCUUACCCCGAGGCCAUCUUCGAACUGGCCUUCUUCUCCCGGGACCCCAAGCCCUUCUUCGCGCUGGCCAAGGAGCUGUACCCCGGCAACUACCGGCCCAACUUCGCCCACUACUUCCUUCGCCUCCUCCACGACAAGGGCCUCCUCCUGCGGCUCUACACCCAGAACAUCGACGGGCUGGAGCGGGCGGCAGGGAUCCCGCCUUCGAAACUGGUUGAAGCUCACGGCACGUUCGCCUCGGCCACCUGCACCGUCUGCCUGCGGGAGUACCCCGGCGAGGACUUCAGGGGGGAUGUGAUGGAAGGCCGGAUCCCCCGCUGUCCGGUCUGCACCGGGGUGGUCAAACCGGACAUCGUGUUCUUCGGGGAGCAGCUGCCCCAACGGUUCUUCCUGCACAUGGCCGACUUCCCCCUGGCCGACCUGCUGCUCAUCAUCGGAACCUCCCUGGAGGUGGAGCCUUUCGCCAGCCUGGCCGGAGCUGCCCGGAGUUCCACCCCUCGCGUGCUGAUUAACCGGGACGCGGUGGGCCCGUUCGCCCGGGGCCCCCGGCCCAACGACGUGGUUCAGCUGGGGGACGUCGUCCGCGGCGUGGAGAUGCUGGUGGACCUGCUGGGCUGGACCGAGGAGAUCCGGGACCUCAUUCGCCAAGAAACCGAGAAGCUGGAUGCCCAGGGCAGGUAGGGCACCCUGAUGCCCAGCUGCGGACCCCUGCAUCACCCUCCAGACCAGUUCCCACCGCGGGCCCCGGAUCAGAGGGCACAAGCCGGGCAGGAAACCCCGGGCCCCAACGCCUCUUCUCUACUUUCCUGCCGCGUUUGACCUCUUGGAGACAUUCCCCUUGGCAGUCUCAAAGUUUUGUCUUUAUAAUAUAGUAUUAUCAAGAUCGUGUUCAUUUUAUUACGUCACCCCACCACAAACCAACCACCUGUACUUCCCAAGCGCUUAGUACAGUGCUCUGCACACAGUAAACGCUCAAU